AUGCAAACAUCAAACACAAAUUCUGACCAUAUUAAUGUUGAUAAAAAAACGUCUAAUUCACCUGGCACUACAAGGAUAUGCAAACAUUUAAUGACAAAAUUAACUCAGAACGGAGUAGAUUUUACUGAAAUGGGAGAAAAAUACGGUGGUUAUCAACGACAUCAACAUGAUUGUCUACAGUAUGAAGACGAAAUAACAAUUAGUAAGAACUAUACCAAUAGUUAUGCUGCUACAGACAGCAGUAUAAAUAAUGAUGAAGUUAAUGAAGAGAUUACUUAUUCACAUGCGUAUUAA